AUGCUAGAUAUACAGCAAAAGCGACCCUAUCCAUCCGAGUACAAUACAGAAGAUAACAGAUGUCUUCAAACCCAAGUCAGAGUGUUCAAACGUUGGGUGAAUGUAUUACUGAAACAGGCAAAUGCCAAGGAAAUCAAUGAUGUAUUGGAAAUAUUUACUGAUCAUGAAAAUUUGUAUAAUUUAUGCAAGUACCUGGCAAGUCAAAAAGUGGCAUGUAGUAAACAGACAUUCCCAGAUUAUAUCCCUCACCUGGAACGUGCAAUAACUAUUCUAGAAAAGCUAUAUGGGAAUGAAAUAGCCACUGUUGUUCAAUCAGCUAUCUCUGAAUUUACACAAAACUCAACAGUUGAUUCAGAAAAUCUACUCAAGGAAUAUUCCCCGAGUUCCAGAACAACUGAAUACAGUUUAUUACUUCUUGGUUUAGAUACGCUAUGGAUUUUAAUCGUUGCUAUUCGAGCUGGAACUGGUCCAUCAACAAACUUAGUUGGAUCAAUUAGUUCAUCAGGUUCGACAAUAACUAAAAGAAGUCAAAGUAUUUCAUCGACUGGUCAUUCAGCGCCAGCUGCUCUUGUAUCAACACGUUCACCAUGUGUAGAUCGAUGGUUAAUAAGUCAGGAUAAACGGUUACUAGCUUGGUGUAUUGCUGUGACCGAAGGAUAUCCUGGUAUUAGCUUAACAAAUUUUACACAUUCAUGGCGUGAUGGUUUAGCAUUUCUAGCUAUAGCACAUCAAAUAAGAUCAGAAUUGUUUACGUUCGAAUCUCGAUUAGAAAAAACACCCAAUCAAAAUUUAUCACUUGCAUUUCAUUUAGCAACAGCUGAAUUUGCCACUCCAAGACUACUAGAACCGGUGGAUAUGCGUCAUGAGAAUAUUGAUGCUAGAUCGACUGCUGUUUAUCUCUUAGAAUUACGUAAAGCGGUUGAAAGAGAUAGAAAGCGUCGUUCUAGAGGUAUUCUAGAAAUACAAACAGCAGCUAUGAUUCAUGGACAGUCAAAUGAAGAACCAAAUGUUAUAGUUGAAAGUCGAUGUUCACCGACAUCAACAUGUAGUACGUCGGAAACUUCUUGGCUUGAUGAUGAAGUUGAAGGUGAUUCAGAUGACGAAACUGGUGAUAUAAAUCGUCUACCUGAUCCUGAUCAUUUUGGUACAGUAAUUGAAACAACAUUAGCAUGGUUAUUGGCUAUGGAAGAACAAUUUGGGCAAAACGAUCUACAAGAGGAUCAGCGUAAUUUUACGAGUAACAAUUAUACAAUGACUAAAAAUGAUCAGUUACAAUCAGUGCAUAAUGAAGAAGAUAAAAAUUUCAUUCUGCGUCUUCAAAGAGCCAACUCAAAUGAAACAACAUUAAUGCAUGCAGCAAUUUUAAAAAACAUUGAUGAAGCCAGAGAUAAGUUUGAAACACAUGAGGAUUUAACUGCUCACUUAUCACGCCGUCAAAUGGCUGUUGGGCGCUGUCUACGUCUUGGUAACCGUUUAAUAAAAACACAUGAAAACUUAGAUAAUAUUCUGAAAAAUAAUGAAAUGUUAAGUCAAAAGGAAUCAAACAGUGUUCAAACUGGUGUUGAUGCUAGCGAUGAAGAGAGUUCUGAGAAUAUGGAGGAAAGACAAAGGCAAAUAACUAUACAGCAAAAACUUCGUGAAUUAGAUCCUUCUAUUAUUCAACGACAAACUGUAUUAUUAGCAACAAGAUGGAAUAAUCUAUGUCGUUUAAAUACUGCUGUAGGUAAACGUAUAACAGCAAGUUUACUUAGACGACAAACUAUGCUUUUAAGUGCUAUACGUAUACAAUUAGAUAAAUUGGAAAAUGAGCAAACUCUUCAACUGAAUCAACAAAUUGGUCCGUCAAUUGCUGAUAUUAAAAAGCAGUUAGAAGCAAAUCGAUGUUUAGAACAAUUGAUUGAAUCUGGUGAAGCAUUAGCAGAACGUUUAGAUAAUUUCAUAACUAUUGUUCCACAAAAAGCAACAGAUAAUGAAGAUAAUUAUAUGAAUGAACGUGGUAUAGAAAAUGUAAUUGCUGAAUUAGCUACUCGUUGGAGUCGUUUGGUUAGUUGGGUAAAUACACGUUAUGCAUGUUUACAAAAUGUUUUACUAUAUUGGAGACAUUUCGAAGAAGAAGCAAAUGUAUUAUCUGAUUGGUUAGAUGAGCGUACAGACGAAGUGACUAAAACAGUUGCAAAUUUAAUCCCAUCAGUACCAAAUCAUCAUUCAAAUAAUAUAUUAACAAUUUCACAUUCACGACAUAGUUCAUUUGGUAAUGAUAUGGAAUUGAAUGAACAAAAAUUAACUAACUAUAAAUUACUUGAAAGAGCUGGAUCCAGUGGCAGUUCAGUUAUGCAAACACAGGAUAGUAUGGAACGAAUUACUGUAUCAAAAGAUAAUUUAAAUCGUGAUAGUUUACAACAAAUGGUUUUAAAUCAAAACGAUGCAGAAAUGGAAGCCAUAGAUGCUUGUUUAUCACCGCACGAAUCCCGGUGGGCACAAUUACUCGCCAGCUUAGAUCGCCGUGCACAAGCUAUACGUGAAGCUUGUGGUGAUACAGACAGUGUUAGUCGUCUAGUUGAAAAGAUUGUCGACCAAUUAGUGUCACGUUGGAGUCAACUACGUGAUCCGCAAAUCAAUUGUGAAGAUUGGCCAGAGAAAGAUAUAACAGAUAUUGAGAAAUAUGUUGAAUCUACAACUAAAAAAGGUCUAUUGAAUAACGUUCCAAAUAGCUCUUUAAGAAAUCAACAGAAUUCACAGUCAGAAGCUAAACGAUCAAUAGAAAGUGGUCAUCUCACGAUUCAUAAAGCAACAAAAAUUUCGCGUUUUGACAUGCAACCUCCACCGUCGCCAACUGGUUAUCGUGCAGAAUUUGAGUCUAAAGCUGAAGAACUAUUAAACUGGUUGGAUAAUAGUGCAGAGAUUUUAGAAUUAAUCACAAUGGAUAAACGUCGUGCACUUGAAGCCAGUGGACAAACUCAAGUUUUAGGUCGACAUAUUAUAUCCCCUCAUUCUGAAAAAAAUGAUGGUGACGAUGAUGCGAUCAGAGUGAUUAAUCGUGUAACCAAGGAACUUGAAGACUGGCGGCAUAUAAAACAACGUGUCCUACUCCUAGGAGAGCAAUAUCGCGAUGAAUUAUCACAAGCCGGUGAAAAUAUUGAAGAACUCGAUCAACUAUUUGAUGAGAUCGAAGAAAGGUGGACAUAUCUUGAUAAAUUACUCAACGAAGCAAAUCGUCAAAUGAGAAUUUCCAAUCAAAGUGUCGAAUUUCAACAGGAAGCAGCCAAAAUACACGCAUUACUAACUCGAUCAAAAGAAGAUGAAUUAUUAAAACUGAAAAAUGAAGAUGAUAUAAAAGAAAUUCCAGAAUCCAAAUUAUUUACUAACGAAAUGAAGUCUCAAUCCGGUAAUGAAUCAGAGAUUAAUAUUGCAAAUAUUAAUGAAAGAUUUGAAGAUAUUAAAUCACUAAUUGUUCAAGUGAAAGAUGUCAUUUCUCAACCAAUUACCAUUGGUCAUCCUGAAGAUGCUGAUGAACAACUUGCCACUUUAAAUAAAAUGGUUAAGGAUUUUGAAGCUACAAGCGAAUUUCUUGCUAAUUGGGAGAUGAAUUCAGCAAAUCAUCCGGAAUUAUCUUCACCCUCACCAUCUUCAUCUGUCAAAUGGAAUGAAACAUUAAAAGAUUUACGUGAACAAUAUAAAACUGUUUGUGCAAACUUAAAUACGCGGAUUGAUUUUCUACAAGAUUUAUCAGAACAACAUGAAUUAUUUUUGAAUCAAUUUGAAGGAAUCGAAAAAUGGCUUGCAGAUAUGACAGAUUAUUUGGAUUCAGUAUCAAGAGCACAUCUACCAUCAGUACCAGUUAUUCAAGCCCAACUACAGGAAAGUUGUGAAGCAUUAAAUGAUAUGAAAACGUUAAAGCCAACUUUACAAAAAGUUGACGAGGUUGCUCACAGACUUUUGGAGUACUUUAGUCCAGCUUAUGCCGAACUUACCACUCAUCGACUUCAAUCAUUGCACAAUGAUUGGAAUGAAGUGAGAAAUUUAACAAAGUCAAAUCGAGAUCAUUUAAGAGCUAAACUAGCUGAAGCCAACAGUUCAACAAUGAUAAGUAGAAAUCAAGAAUUUCCUGGUACAACAAUACUAUCAAAUUUAUCUUCAUCCGCGACAACUUUAAUUAAUACCCAUGUAACAUGUAAAAAUGAUUCAGCUGAUCGAUUAAUUACAAACAAUAAUACAAGUACAACUAAUAAUAAUAAUAACACUCCAUUAUCUACAUCAACUACUGAAUUUUCAACAACUGAUAGUUCAACAAUAUUGUCUCCAGCUACAACUCCUACUAUUGCUACUGUAUCAAAUGCUGUACAAGUAGAUAUUACAAAGUUGGAAGUUUGGAUGCAUCAAUCAAAAGAACAAUUAUCACAAUUUUCGAUUAUAAAUGAUCCAAAUGAUUUGAAAAAACUGGAAAAUGUUAUCAAGGUGAUUAGUGAUAAAAUCAUUGAGAAUCGACCAAUUUUAGCUGCAAUUGAUACAUGCAGCGCUGUCAGUAUAACAGGUCAACCUAUUUUAGACACUGAAGCCUUAUUAACAAAAGCUCAUUUUGCUGAUUUAGAAUCAGCUGUCGCUGCAGAACGAGAACGCUUAAUGGCGGCAAUUUAUCAUUUAGAUGACUUUAAAACUGUAUUGAAUAGUGAAAAACGAUGGUUUGAAACUGUUAGAACAAAUAAUGAACGUGUUAAAAAUAGUAGUUAUUCGGAAAUUAGUGAAAUAACAGAUGAUUUAGAAUCCCUUGACAGAUUAUCAAGAGAACAUACAAUCGACGAUGAAGAACGCUUAAAUAAAUUAGCUAAUGCAUUACAUGAAUCAUGCGUUAUGGGUAGUGCAAUAAUGAAAGAACUUGAAAUAUAUAAAACAGAACUAACCUUAGUUAAAGUUGAAAUUGAUUCUACAACUGCUUAUCUUCAAAGUUUACUUGACCAAUUACGUUCAGUUGAUGAACGUGUUACAGAAAUUGAGACCAGUUUAUUGAACAUUGAAGAUGAUUUGGAUAACUACUUUUUCAAUACACAAUCUACCGGUGAUAUCAGUGUGUUAACAAAUAAAUUGCAAACACGUAUAAAAAGUGCAAAUAAUUUAAUUAAAGAUCUAGAUGAAAUGAUCGAAUAUAAUUCAUUACAUUCAUGUACUGACUGUUUGACCAAUCGACUAGAAAGUUAUAAAGCUCAAUUACAGGAACGUGUUGAACCAUUGAGUAAAAUCUUACCUCAACUAUCAAAUCCUUCAGUUCAUCAGUCGAAGUUAAAUAAAUUAAACAUGGAAUUAAAACAAAUUGAAAACAAACUUUGUAGGCUAGAUGUUACAUCUGUGGAUCCAGAAGAUAUUAAAGCAGCCGUUAGUAGUGGACGAACAAUGCUUGCAACACUGAAUGAAUUAAAAACUGAUUUGUUAAAUAUUAUGGAUAGUGAUGAAUCAUUAUAUACUAAUGAAAAAUUAAACAAUGAAUGUUUAAGCAUGCUAUCUGAAAAACAUAAUCAAUUAGUUUUACAAAUUUUGUCUGGACUAGAACGUUUAGAUAAAGCUUUACCAUUAAUUGAAGAACUAGAACAGCUUAUGUCACAAAUUAAUGAAAAUUUGUUAAGUGUUGAAGAAGUAACUGAUUACUUAGAAACAGCUGAUUGUCCUGUAUCAAGAAAAGAUUUGAUUCAAAAAAUUUAUCUACAGUUAACACAUUUAUGCCAAGAGAAUGGUUCAGUUGUUCAGAUUAGACAAGUAGCUAAUAAAUUGAAAUUAUUGACACCAGAAGACAAACCAGAGUUAACUGCUGAAUUAUUUAAUGAAAUUGAAGAUCAUUUACAUAGAGUGAUCAUGGCUAAAGAAAUAUUUCAAUCACAAAUGGAUGAAGUAGAAAAAGAUACGAAAUGUAAUGAAUUAUUAGAAAAUUCUAUAAACCAACUGAAAUUACGCAAUAUUCAUACACCUGAAUUAAUUGAUAAACUUACGGCCGAUGUCUAUUCAAAUCCAACGAUCAAGAAAUCAUCCGGUGAUUACUUAUUAUCAAUUAAUCGUCUAAUUGAUAAUCUUUUAAAAUCUGAUGCACAAAUUUCACCAACAUUACAGAAUUUAGCUCGAGAAAUCCGGAUACAUUUCAAUGGAAUUAUAAAUUUUAAUUGUUAUUGUUUGGGAACCAGUGGACCAUUGUCUUUAUCACAAACUGAUUCAUGUAACGAAGACUAUCAGUAUUGUUCAGACAACAUGGUUCUUGAAACUUCAGUCUCUGAAAGGAAAACUUUGUUACAGUUAUUCGCACAACAAAGAUUAUAUCUGGAAGCACGACUGAGAGAUUUAAUUGUGACCGGUGGAAAUAGUAGCUCAUCUGACCGACUCGAAGAUUUGUUAAAUUUGCAGAGUUUAUGGUAUGAAACCAAUGAAAAAUUGGAUAAAAAAUUUCAUAAAGCAACUCUACUAGAAGAGCAACUUAGUACAGCGCAACAGUUAUUAAUUGAUUAUACCAAAACUCCAACAACUGAAAUUUAUAAUCACUGUAUCAAAUUAUUAACGGAAUUAGAACAAACUUAUCAUUGGAAACUAACUUUAGAUAAAGAACGAUUAAAAUAUAAAGAUUAUUUAGAUAUGAAUUAUAUUGAUUUAAAAAAUAAAUUUAUUGCUGACGAUUAUAUUAUAUUAAAUGAUGAAUUAUUAAAUAUAUAUGAAAAACAAUUACAAUGUACAAAUCGUUUAUUAAAUUGUAUACAAAAUGAUUUAAAAUGUUGUCAUGAUGGUUUAACUUCACAACUUGGUGCAUAUAUAGAUGUAAGAUGAUUUUUGUUGUCGUUGUUGUUGUUUAAAAUUAUUUUUAUUGUUUAUAUUUUGUUUUUUUGUUUUGUUUUUACUUGGUAUUAUAUUUGAAAAUUUGAUAUUGAUAUAUUUUGUUGUUUGAAUGCUACUUGUUAUAUCUGGUCGUCGCUGAUUGUUGUGUCGGUAAUGUUUAUCACUUAUACUCGGAACAAAAGAUCUCUGCGAUUCGCACUACACAAAAGUAAAGAACAUAAAGACUAAUAUAAG